UUCGACCCCGGAAGAAGAAACCAAUACGCGCCGACACCUCCGCCUGAACACGAUGGCGGUUUCAGGCGCCGGUGGGUCCCCGAGCCGCCUAGUCCAGUAUGUUGUCGUCCGUUCGGACUUGGUCCAAAAGCUGUCCUGGCCCCUGGGAGCCGUGGUAGCACAAGGUUGCCACGCUGCCACGGCCGCCAUUCACCUGCACUACACCGACGGUGACACGCAGCGCUAUCUGGCGGAGCUCGACGACAUGCACAAAGUAGUCCUCGGGGCUCCAGACGAAGCCGCCCUCUCGGCUUUAUCAGAGACUCUGACCCAGGCUGGCGUGGCCCACAAGCUCUGGAUCGAGCAGCCAGAGAACACUCCCACAUGUCUGGCCCUCAAACCCUACCCCAAAGAAAGAGUACAGCCGCUGCUAUGCAAAUUCAAACUCUUGAAAUGAACUCACACCGCAUACAGACUUAGUACAGUAAGACAUUGACCAUAAUGUUCAGUAGGCUUCAGUAGACAAGAAUGUAAACAUUGCCUGUACAGUAAAUAAAGGCGAUAACAUGGCCACGGUUUUACCCUGGAA